AUGUCCCUGGUCUCCUUCCUCGUUCCCCUCCUAGCCCUCCUCAGCCUCUACAAGGCACACGCCGGUGACCCGGACAUCCUCACCGAUUUCGACCUCCCGUUAGGCUCGGCCAACAUAACCGGAGACAGCUUCACCUACACCGGCCUGAGGGCCUUCAUCGGGGCCAACCCCAGCAACUUCACCGUGUUCAAAGCAAGCAUGGCCGAGCUCCCCGCCCUCAACGGGCAGAGCGUCUCCUAUGCCGCCCUCUACUACCCCCCAGGAGCUGUCAACCCGCUCCACACCCACCCCCGGGGGUCGGAGCUCCUGUUCCUCGUGCUCGGCUCUCUCCAGGUAGGCUUCGUCAACACCACCAACUAUCUCUUCAACCAAACGCUCCAAGCAGGAGACAUGUUCGUCUUCCCCAAGGGCCUCGUCCACUACCAGUACAACGCCGAUGCUACUUCCCCGGCCAUCGCGCUCUCUGCGUUUGGCAGCGCCGCAGCAGGCACGGUUUCAAUCCCCACCAGCGUCUUCAACACUGGCAUCGACGAUCCCAUCCUCGCCGCCUCCUUCAACACCGACGACGGUACCAUUGAUAAGCUCAAAGCUGGACUUUCUCAUUAAUAAUUAAGUUUCCAUUGUUCACCAUUCAUCAUCGUUGUGAGAUGUUUUGGAAUAAUCUCCUUCUCCCUCAUCA